UUUUUGGUUCUGGUUGUAAUAGAUGUUGUGAUCAAAAUGUACAAGAAUGGAGAAUCAAACUUAGAAAAGUUGAAAUCUUUGGGAGGAAGUAUCUUGCAUGGUGUGAAUGUAACUAAAAUGCAACAUCAUCCUGAUCUAAGUAACCGGAAAUUCGAUCGGAUAAUUUUUAAUUUUCCUCAUGCAGGGUUUCAUCGCAGUGAGGAUAAUAAACAUCUUAUCCAAAUGCACAGGAAUCUUGUGAGAAGUUUCCUUUGGAGUGCAAAAAAGAUGUUGCGUGUCGGUGGUCAAAUUCAUGUUGCCCAUAAAACGACUCCUACAUACAACCGUUGGGAUCUUGUUGGACUAGGAAAAGAAAACUCCUUGAUUUGUAUUGAAUGUGCAAAAUUCAGGGCUGAAAAUUACCCUGGUUACAACAACAAAAAAGGAGAUGGUCCAAAAUGUGAUGAGUCUUUUCACCUGGGUGACUGCCAGACCUUCAUGUUUAUACUCGACCUAUCUCGUAAGAAUGUGCCAAUGACAAAACAAAAGAAACACAAUUUACAUGAGCCGUCUGAUAAAAUGUCUGCUGUUGAACUGAACGAAGAAGACAAGAAGAAGACAACACAGCAAAAUGGACUUCAGAUAAUACCACAUACAAACUAA